CAGCGUCAGCUGGUGAAGUCGAGAGGUUUGUUACGGCGUUCACUUUUAUUAGGACUUUUUCUGUAGCGGAAGUGAGUCGGACAGAUGAGAUGUGAUGAGCUUUCUGACUGUUUCUCUCUCUAAUCACCUUGUGGAUGAGGUUGAUCUGAUCUGUGAGGAACUUCUCCGAUCUGCUCAGCUGUACAUGAUCUCCAGACAUGGACGACUCGGAUGCUUCCUACUUGGCCUUUAACGAUUUUAACAGUAAUGGCAGCGUGAUGUGGGCGGAGUCUCUGGCCCAUCAGGAGCGUCAGGAGGUGGAGAGCUUCAGGAGGAAACUCAAAUACUUCUUCAUGAACCCGUGCGAGAAGUACAGAGCUCGCGGCAGGAAACCAUGGAAACUGAUGCUGCAGAUCAUCAAGAUCGCCGUCAUCACCAUCCAGUUAGUGUCUUUUGGCCUGAGUAAUCAGAUGGUGGUGACGUUUAAGGAGGAGAACCUGAUGACCUUCAAGCACAUGUUCCUGAAGGACUACGCCGAUCACAACGCUAAAGCCUACGCCGUGUACACACAGCACGAGGUCUACACACACCUGUCCUACGUCGUGCAGCAGUUCCUGCGUUUACAGAACAUCACGGUGGGGAACCACGCGUACGAGAAGGACGGCGGACUCUACACUCCUCUACUCAUCUGCCAGCAGUUCUACCACAACGGCAGCAUCUCCCCCGGCAACGAGACCUUCGAGAUCGACGCCAAGGUGGAAGAAGAAUGCCUGGAGAUUUAUCCUGUGCAGCCGUCAUCCGCUGUGGAGGUCCCACAACUGCACAACUUCACCCUGCAGUUCAAACGGCUGCUGGAAGUCAACGUCUACUUCACCCUGAAGGCCAUUAACCUGCAGACGGUGCAGCACCAUGAACUUCCUGACUGCUACGACUUCAGUAUCGUGAUCACCUUUAACAACCACGCCCACAGCGGCCGGAUCAGAGUGGACCUGGACAACGAUGUGGACAUCAACGAGUGUCGAGACUGGAAAGUCACAGGAGCCUCCCCUAAGAACAUCUACUACACGGUUCUGUUUGACGUGGUGAUCAUCCUCACGUGUCUGGCGUCGCUGGUCCUCUGCACGCGCUCAGUGAGCUCCGGAGUCCAGCUGCAGUUCGAGUACACCACCUUCUUCCUGAAGCAUUAUGGGAAGCGAGUGUGUUGGUCCGACCGCAUGGAGUUUAUUAACGGCUGGUACAUCCUCAUCAUCAUCAGUGACGUCCUCACCAUCACCGGCUCGGUGCUCAAAAUCGCCAUCCAACUCAAGGCUUUGACGAGUUAUGACAUCUGCAGCAUCCUCCUGGGCACCGGCACCAUGCUGGUGUGGAUCGGUGUGCUGCGCUACAUGGGCUACUUCAAGAAAUACAACAUCCUGAUCAUCACCCUCAGAGCUGCGUUUCCCAACGUGAUCCGUUUUAGCUGUUGCGCCGCCAUGAUCUACCUCGGCUACUGCUUCUGCGGCUGGAUCGUCCUCGGACCCUACCAUGAGAAAUUCCGCACCCUGAACACGGUGUCCGAGUGUCUGUUCUCUCUGAUCAACGGAGACGACAUGUUCGCCACCUUUAAGAACAUGCAGCAGAAGAGUUACGUGGUGUGGCUGUUCAGUCGCGGUUACCUCUACACCUUCGUCUCGCUCUUCAUCUACAUGGUGCUCAGCCUCUUCAUCACCCUGAUCACAGACACCUACGAGACCAUCAAGCAGCAGCAGUUAGAUGGGAACCCCGUGUCUGAGCUCCAGGCCUUUAUAUCAGAGUGUAAAGAUCACCCGAACUCGGGCUGUUACCGUGUGGAGGACCGACCGUCUCCCUGCCUGUUCUGCUGCACUCAGAGGCACUAACUCGUGCUAUGACACCAACACGACUGUAACUGUUUCCUGUUCCAGACUCGGUGACCUGCACGACAGACCGGAGUGUUGAACCUCACGACGAAGGACGACGGAAGGUUCCUGAUGUUUCUGCAGCUCAGACGCACGUCACAGCACCGACACUUGGCGAUAUAUCGAGUACAAUAUUCACUAUAAAUAAAUGUUUGUCAUCAUAAAUGA